GCUCCGUCCAAAAGAAAAUGGGGUUUGGUGUAAAUCUGGGGGUGUAAUGUUAUCAUAUAUCACGCUACCUCGUAAAACCGACACUGAAAGCUGCCGGACAACAAAUCACAGGUCAAAAUUAUGAGUUCUUCGUAUUAUGUGAACGCGCUUUUUAGCAAAUAUACGGCGGGGGCUUCUCUCUUCCAAAAUGCCGAGCCGACUUCUUGCUCCUUUGCACCCAACUCGCAGAGAAGCGGCUACGGGCCGGGCGCCGGCGCCUUCGCCUCCACCGUGCCGGGCUUAUACAAUGUCAACAGCCCCCUCUAUCAGAGCCCCUUCGCGUCCGGCUAUGGCCUGGGAGCCGACGCUUACAACCUGCCCUGCGCCUCCUACGACCAAAACAUCCCCGGGCUCUGCAGUGACCUCGCCAAAGGCGCCUGCGACAAGGCGGACGAGGGCGCGCUGCACGGCCCGGCCGAGGCCAGUUUCCGCAUCUACCCCUGGAUGCGCAGUUCAGGACCAGAUAGGAAGCGGGGACGCCAGACCUACACGCGCUACCAGACGCUGGAACUGGAGAAGGAAUUCCACUUCAACCGCUACCUGACGCGGCGCCGCCGCAUCGAGAUCGCUCACGCGCUCUGUCUCACCGAGCGCCAGAUCAAGAUCUGGUUCCAGAACCGGCGCAUGAAGUGGAAGAAAGAGCAUAAAGACGAGAGCCAGGCUCCCACCGCAGCCCCCGAAGACGCGGUGCCCUCCGUCUCCACCGCUGCUGACAAGGCGGACGAGGAAGAUGAGGAGGAAGACGAGGAGGAAGAGGAGGAAGAGGAGUAAAAGGGCCAGGCACAGGACCCUGGCUGCACAGGACCCUGGCUGCACAGGACCCUGGCUGCACAGGACCCUGGCUGCACAGGACAGCUGGAAAAGUCUCUAAGAGACUCAGUGAUUUUAAUUACAAAAAUAGGGGGGGGGGAUUAAAGUGUAAAAAAAAAGAAGGGAAGAAAGAAAAGAAAAAAGAAACGAAAGAAAGGGAAAGAAAAAGAAUCAGUCCCCACCCUCAUUCCAUCCAACCACCCCCUCUAGCUCCCAGGGAAAUUAGGUCACCUUGGGGACCCUCUCUGCCUCUGAGGAACUCAGUAGAUACCCCCAACUCUGGGCCAGUGUUGUGCGCAGGCACAGCCAAAAUACUACCUAGCACAGGCCUCUUUGUAAGGCACUCCCAAACUACCUAUGGGCCCAGCCCCAGUGGGCCACCACUCCUAAGACGCCCCCCACACGUCCCAACACUGGCAGACACUGGCACCUGCCCCCCCCCCCAUACCUGCAAAACCAUGAUCAGUACUUACUACCUACUAGCCCUAAACUACCUAUUUCGUGCUGGCUAGCUUGCCUGCUUCCCGGUGCCCACCCUGCCCAGGCCAGGCCGUGAUGCUUCUAGCUGAUGUCUUUGGGUCACUGAGACCUCACUGACAAGGCAAUGAGGUUCAGGGACCAGGGCAUUGGCUUCUAUUUAAAUUGAAAAAUAAUAUAUUUAUUCCAAAGCAUACCAUGUGCUGCAACCCAGAGUCCCUCUUUCUCUGGCUUUGGCACCUCAAGUUCAGGGCCAUUCCCCCUACUUCAGGAGGGGAGCAUUCCUGAGCUGGCUGCAGUCCUCUGGAAUAGCUUCUUUUUGUUUUCUUGGGUGUUUUUUUGUUUUUGGUGGGACUAGGGAGAUGUUCCCAAGCCCCUCUGUCCUCUCCCCCUUGCUUUGUGUCCUACCAUUCAGCCAUGUCAAAUAUGUAAACCCUGACUUUUCCUACAAGGACAAAUACUGUAUAUUUGAACCUGAUUUUUUUGUUGUUGUUGUGGUCAUUUCUAUAAUCCUGGAGAUCAUUUGUAAAGGAAUGUCUUGACUUGGGAAGGAUGUUUUAAUGGGGUGACUUUGUAGCAUGAUGUGUUGUGUUGAACUAAUUCUGUAGUGGGUGGGGGAGGCCCAGGACACCCCCUCCCCACCCAUCAGUUCUCCCAUCUCCCAUUGUCCCCCCCUACACCCAGCCUGGGGUUUAGGGAAGGCAUGCUUCCCAACCCAGCAACCUGUGUU